AUGUCGAAAAUCAUCACCCCAGCCCUUUUCGCCGAGCAUUUUCGGCGGGCAUGGCUUGGUGCUCGGGGCACACUUCGCUAUGACCGGAGAGAUCAAAAUGACCUCAUCCAAUUGCCGCGCAGGAUCGGCCUUGCUGUAAGUGGCGGCGCCGAUUCUAUGUGCUUGGCGUUUUUAUGUCAGAGGUUGGAGCAACUUGGUGUCCAUGGAUCCAUUUCAGUCACCGCGUUUGUGGUUGACCAUAAAGCCCGCCAAGAAAGUAACCACGAAGCAAAGACUGUGGCGGGCUGGUUACGGGAUAUGGGCUUGGAAACGGAAAUUCUAGAGUUAGAUUGGUCUCCAUCAUUGGACAACAGGGAGAAUCCCCAGAACAGUGAUUCAAAGGCUGCAAUACCAACCGCUUUUGAGACUCAUGCUCGUCGAUUACGAUUUCAGGCGCUUGGAAAAGCCUGUCGGGAUCGCGAAAUCGAAACCCUGCUUCUGGGUCACCAUCAGGAUGAUACCGUCGAGACCACCAUUUGGCGGCUAAGUACUGGGAUGCGAGGCGCAGGUCUUGCAGGUAUUCAAGGAGUAGCAAGGAUUCCAGAAUGCCGGGGCCUCUUUGGGGUUUCUGAGAGUGGAUCUUCCAUCGUCCUCCCCGGAAGGCAACGCAAUACCUCUGUUGAAGCGCAGGUUCGUGCAAACAACAAGGGCAGAGCCACGGUGACAUUCGUCCCCAACGACAACAAUCAAUCAGCGGCCCCCGCAGCAGUUUCUAUUGCAACCGGAGGCGUUUAUCUCUGUCGACCGUUUCUCGGGUUCCCCAAGGAAAAUAUUCUCAAAACAUGCAGGAAAUUCGAAAUCCCUUAUGUCACUGACCCGACCAACUUCGACCCUACUCUGACCCCGCGCAACGCUGUUCGCAGCUUAAUUAGCUCUGGGGCCCUCCCUCGCGCAUUACAAUCACCCUCAAUCCUCUCCCUUAUCAAAGCAAGCGACAACAUCCUCCAAACCUCAAACCAACUUGCGGACCAAUUACUUUCGUCAAAAUGUCGGAUCAUCGAUCUAAAUCUCAAAUCUGGGAUGCUGGUUGUACAGUUCCUCGAACUCCCUGCGUUCCUGGACUCAUUCCGAUCUAACCUGUCCGAAAAUCGAGCCACCGAGAUCGAAUGUCUUGCCCUCCGUCGCAUCACGGAGCUAAUAUCCUCUUGCCCUGCAAAUCAAUUCUCAUUGCGAAGUUUCGAACCAUUUAUUUCCAGGGUGUUCUCACCAAAGGACGAUCAACCGAGACAUGCCUUUACUCUAGGUGGAGUCAAAUUCAUGCCUUUGGACGUGACACCUAGCCCGCCCUCUUCAGGCCCGGCAGCCCUUCCAGGAGUAAACCCUAGAAAAGGUGGUUUAUGGCUACUGUCGCGCCAGCCAUUUUUUAAGAAUCGGGCUCCAGUCACAAACCUAGAGAUGUCCGCUCAGUCUUCCGCCCCUAUCCGUGCUAGGUCUAACAUGACCAAGCACUCCCGAACAGAAUGGACAUUGUGGGACGAUCGGUUCUGGUUCAGAGUCUCGUUCUCUUUGAAUAAGACGAAAGUGAACGACCCCGCGAACCCAGUUUCUUUUGUAUCGAGGCCAUUACAAACGGACGACUUGCAGCAAGUCCGCAAGAAUUUUGGCCCGGGAAGCGCGCUCCUAGGGGAUGCUCCUGGAGAUGUACGAUAUACAGUCCCGGUUCUGGCAGUGAGGUUCCCAUCCAAAUCCGGUUCGAAAGGCGACAACGAGGAAGUCGAGCAUCUAUUAGCCUUGCCAACAUUUGAUGUGCUGCUUUCUGGUCGAAGAACACGAUCAGACCGUCCCAGCGAGAUGGAGUUUCAACAUGGGGGUACGGUUUUGACGGUAAAAUGGGAAUGGAUGUACAAAGAGAUUGACACUGAAACAGUGCGCCUUAUGGGCGGGCCACUGAAAGCUGAAAAUAAGAUAGUCGGCUAA